AUAUUUUAUUUGUUACAAAAAGUUGUAAAUUUUGGUCUUAACAAUUGGAGAAUCAAAAUUCCGACAUGAGUGUAGGCUGCUACGUACAAUGCAAACCUGUGAAUCAUGAAAAAGGAGAAAGUACUGGAUGGCGUGGUACUUUUUUCUAUCCCGGUGGUGGUACCUAUAAGGGAUACUGGACCAAAAGUAAGCAAGACCAUUAUGGUGUAAAGAUCACAAAAAAGGGUAUGGCUUAUGAUGGACAAUGGCUUGAUGGUAAGCGCCAUGGGUUUGGAACGAUGCGUAAAAGUAAACCGGAUGGUACUUAUGAAAAGUACUACGUUGGAGAUUGGAAAUGUGACAAGAAAAGCGGUGAGGGUAAGCAAUUCUUUCCAGAUGGCGUUUAUUAUGGUUGGUGGAGAAAUAAUAGGCGUGACGGUCUCGGCAUCAUGUGGUUUGAGGAUGGUACUUGUUAUCUAGGAGAAUGGAGAUCUGAUUAUUAUCAUGGAGUUGGUGUAUUCUUUUAUUUAAAUGGCAACCGUUAUGAAGGACAUUACGCGCAAGGUCUCAAAAAUGGCGAAGGUACAUUUUAUCAUAAUCAUACAGGACAAAUACAAAAAGGAAUGUGGGAGAAUGAUAUAUGCAAAACAUCAAUGAUAAUUGAUGAAUUUCGUAAUCAAGUUGAUCAUCCCUCCGAAUAUCCAAUACCGCCGUUGCGCCUUGUUGAUCCCAAUAAGUUAAUAAGAAACUUUUUCCGUCCAUAUAUGGUUAAUGCAGACAAACCACCAAAAUCUUUACAGGAACUAUUAUGUAUUAAAUUUGUACAAAAGUUCAAGCGACUUAAUAUGAUCGAUCCCAAAGGUAAAUGGUAUACAAAAAUUCAAUUCGAUGACCCAAAAUAUAUAUGCACUUGUAAAGAAUUGGAGAAACCUAUUGUGCUGCGUCAAAGAAUACCUAAAUUGUAAUCUAUUACUGAUAUAUUUCAAUUAAAGUAAUUGCAAAUUGGAUAUAUAU